CCCACAAUGCUUCUCGGUCUUUUCUAAACUUCCUCUUUACAACAUUUGGCCACCAUGGCGGUCGGUAAAAAUAAACGACUGACUAAAGGAGGCAAAAAGGGUGCCAAGAAGAAGGCAGUUGAUCCCUUCGCAAAGAAAGACUGGUAUGAUGUGAAGGCCCCUUCUAUGUUUGCUGUACGCCAGAUUGGCAAAACCUUGGUUACAAGAACACAAGGAACAAAAAUUGCCUCCGAUGGACUUAAGGGUCGUGUGUUUGAGGUGUCCUUAGCUGACCUUCAGAACGAUGAGGUGACCUUUAGAAAAUUCAAGCUGAUUGCCGAAGAUGUUCAGGGCCGUAAUGUCCUGACUAACUUCCACGGCAUGGAUCUUACACGAGACAAGCUCUGCUCCAUGGUGAAGAAAUGGCAGACUUUGAUUGAGGCUCAUCUGGAUGUGAAGACAACUGAUGGUUACUUGUUGAGGAUUUUCUGCAUUGGUUUCACCAAGAAGAGGGCCAACCAAGUGAAAAAGACAUGCUAUGCCCAGCACACACAGAUCAAAGCUAUCCGCAAGAAGAUGCUUGAGAUCGUUGGCCGAGAAAUCACCGCCAAUGACAUGAAAGAAGUUGUAAACAAGCUGAUCCCCGACAGUAUCGGCAAGGACAUUGAGAAGGCAUGCCAGGGAAUCUACCCCCUCCACGAUGUCUACGUCAGGAAGGUCAAAGUUCUCAAGAAGCCCAAGUUUGAUGUUGGCAAGCUCAUGGAGCUCCAUGGCGAGGGUAGUGGCGGUGGCUCCUCCAAACCCGUGACGUCCGAGGGAGGCGAGGGAGUGACCCGGCCAGAGGGAUAUGAACCACCAGUCCUCGAAUCGGUGUAAACUAUGUACAUGGGAAAAAAUAAAAGCUGUCGGAGAACGUA